AUGGAUCUCUUUCUCUUUAGUGAGUACCAAGGGCUGGUGAAACACACGGGAGGCUGCCACUGCGGGGCUGUCCGGUUUGAAGUCUGGGCCUCCGAUAACCUCCAUGUCUUUGAUUGCAAUUGCAGCAUCUGCGUGAAGAAACAGAACAGGCAUUUCAUCGUCCCGGCUUCCCACUUUAAGCUCUUGAAGGGUGCUGACCAUCUCACCACGUACACCUUCAACACCCACUGCGCCCAGCACACCUUCUGCAAGACGUGCGGCGUCCAGAGCUUUUACACGCCCCGUUCCAACCCAGACGGCUACGGAAUCGCGCCCCACUGCCUGGAUGAGGGGACCAUCACCAAGAUCACCGUGGAGCCCAUUAACGGCAAGGAGUGGGAGAAAGCCGUGAAGGGCCACCCCACCAUCAGGAAUAUGUCAAAGCCGUGACCGUCCCGGUUCUGGAAACCACAACGGGCCCUCACGUCUCCCUUCUUCAACUCGGGUUUCAUUUAGGAAACCAAAGAGUGCCAUUUUUGGGGGUGAAAUAU